CUGAUACGCUAUUCUGUUCUUACAAACAUACAUCAACAGAUUUUCUUCCACUGCACAGCGAUUGCUUUCUUUCUUCUUCUCUACCCUGAAUUUGCUUUCAAUUCCUCUGCUUUUGCUACCCUUUUUUUCUUGUUUGUUUCCUGAGAAAGACAGGGAAAGUAAAGGGUGUUGUUGUUUCUAGUAAAAAUGCAGAGCUUUGAAAACCCAGAUCAGUUCUAUGUCCAUUCUUCUUCUUCUUCCGUUGUUCUCUGGGGAGAUGACAACGGACGAUUCCACACGCGUUUUCUUCCGGAUAUGGAGCUUCAACAAUCCGCUGUUGCUGUUGCUGCUUUUCAUCAAGAUGAUGCUGUUGAUUUAAGCCCAAGCUCUGUUUUCGGUUUAAAAUCGACCCACAAUACAGCUUUUCCAAUCCACCUACCGUACGGGAGCACGGAUGUGGGUUCAAUAGGAGGAACAGGGUAUUUAGACACGGGACAGCAAUCGAUGCGGUUGAACAAGCUGGCUCCGCCGCAGACGAUGGCGGCUGGGAGCUUUGAGAACUGGGGCGAGUCAGCCAUGGCAGAUACUAGCCAACAGACUGACACUUCCACAGACAUCGACACCGAUGAAAGAAACCAGCUUCAGGUAGUUGCACAUGGAACUCUCAUGGCGGACUCCAUGGGUCAAUCCAGAGCUAAAUCUGUAGAUCAGAAGACGCUUCGUAGGCUUGCUCAGAAUCGAGAAGCAGCCCGGAAGAGUCGAUUGAGGAAGAAAGCAUAUGUCCAGCAGCUGGAAAGUAGUCGACAGAGGCUUGCGCAGCUAGAGCAGGAGCUUCAUCGAGCACGCCAACAGGGCAUGUUUGUGGCUUCUGGGGCUGGAGACCAUUGUUUAUCAAUGACAGGAAAUGGUGCCUUGGCGUUCGAUCUCGAUUAUGCACGAUGGCUUGAUGAGCAUCAACGGCUGGUCAAUGAUCUAAGAGCAUCUGCAAAUUCUCAAUUGGGAGAUGAGGAAUUGAGAUUUCUUGUUGAUGGGGUGAUGGCACAUUAUGAUGAACUCUUCAGGCUGAAGAGCAUAGGCGCCAAGGCCGACGUUUUUCACAUUCUUUCAGGCAUGUGGAAGACUCCUGCUGAGAGGUGUUUCAUGUGGCUGGGAGGAUUCCGUUCAUCCGAGCUUCUAAAGAUAGUUGGGAGCCAUUUGGAGCCUCUAACAGAACAGCAGCUGAUGGGUAUAUGCAAUUUGCAGCAAUCAUCCCAACAAGCUGAAGAUGCGUUGUCACAAGGGAUAGAAGCUUUGCAACAAUCUCUUGUAGAAACUGUUUCCACUGCUUCUAUAGGUCCAGCCAGUUCAGGGAAUGUUGCUGAUUACAUGGGUCAAAUGGCGAUCGCAAUGAGCAAGCUAACGACCCUCGAGAACUUUCUACAUCAGGCUGAUCUGUUGAGGCAGCAAACGCUCCAACAGAUGCAUCGGAUAUUAACCACUCGUCAAGCUGCACGAGCGCUUCUUGUCAUCAGUGAUUACAUUUCACGUCUUCGAGCUCUCAGUUCUCUAUGGUUAGCACGACCAAGAGAGUGAUAUCUAGCUUAGCCAUAUCGACACCAGACCAAGGGCACUGUCAGAGGGCAAUCUACAGCAAGAACAUGGCUUCUUGGAACCGAACCAUGAAACUUUGAGAACUGUUCUAACAAUCUUAUUGUGUUUUAUCAGUAUUAAGGGGUUAUGGGUUGCAAGUUGAAACCUUUUUUUGACCCACUUGGUUUCCACUUUGUUUUGUUACCAAACAAGUGUCCUGUUUUUUGUUUUCUUUUCCAGGAUGCUUAAUUUGGUACGGUUUGAUACAGAUUAGAUUAAUGUACUCAUAUCUAUAUUAAUUAUUAAAA